AUGGCGGGGAUUCUGGACGCUCACCCCGAGUACCGGGACACGGCCCUCUUAGAUGAACUGCGGGAGAGCGAAUACGGCUACCUCGACGCACAGGACCAUGUGUAUCUGGACUACACCGGCGCAGGCCUCGCCGCCAGGGCGCAGCACCGGGCACACGACGCCCGGCUCGCGUCGUCCGUAUUCGGCAACCCCCACUCGGUCAACCCUACCAGCGCGGCGGCUACUCAGGCAGUCGAGCAGGCGCGUGCGCGAAUCCUAGCCCACCUCAACGCCUCGCCCGACGAGUAUGCCGUGAUAUUCACGGCCAACGCCACUGGCGCCGCACGCAUCGUUGGCGAGGCCUACCCCUUUGGCCGGAAUUCUAGGCUCGUCUUGACGGCAGACAACCACAACUCGCUCAACGGCCUGCGCGAGUUUGCCCGCGCUGCCGGCGCCAAGACCGUCUACAUUCCCUCACGCCCAGCCGACCUGCGUGCCGACGUUGCCAAUGUUGUGGCCGCUCUCCCACAGAAAAAGGGGCUUCUGCACCAGCUCUCCAAGGCCGCGGCCGGAAUGUGCCUCCCGUGCUCGAGGCCGGACGAGACCCAGAAUCACACCCCCCAUCCGGAAGCAAAGGGGCAGCCCCACGAGCCCCAGCGGCCCAAACACGCCGGCCGCAACGGACUCUUUGCCUACCCGGCGCAGAGCAACUUUUCAGGCGUGCGACACCCGCUCGAUUGGGUGUCGCUGGCGCAGCAGCGCGGCUACGACGUGUUGCUCGACGCGGCGGCGUACCUGCCGACGGCGUCGCUCGACCUGUCAGCUGUCCAACCCGAUUUCGUGCUCGCCAGCUGGUACAAGGUGUUUGGCUACCCGACGGGGGUGGGCUGCCUCGUGGCGCGGCGGCCGGCGCUAGCCCGCCUGCGCCGCCCGUGGUUCUCAGGCGGCUCCAUCACGGCCGUGGCCGUCGGACUACCGCUGCACCGCAUGGCCGACGGUAGCGAGGCGUUCGAGGACGGCACGCUCAACUUCCUCGCCAUACCCGACGUGCACUUUGGCCUCGACUGGCUGGCGGGCCUGGGCGGGCCGUCGCUGGUUGGGAAGCGCGUGCGCUGCCUGACGGCCUGGUUCCUCGAGCGCCUGCACCGGCUCCGGCACAGCGACGGCUCGGCCAUGGCGCGCGUCUACGGGCCCGCCGACACGCGCAUGCGCGGCGCCACCGUAGCCUUCAACUUUAUUGACGCCACCGGCGCAGUCGUCGACGAGCGGCUCGUGGCCCUCGAGUCGUCGGCCGCCCGCAUCUCGCUGCGCACCGGUUGCUUCUGCAACCCCGGCGCCGGCGAGGCCGCCUUCAGCCUGCGCGCCACCGACCUGCGCAAUCUGUUCCGCACCCGCGCCGGCGCUGCCGUCAUUGACGAGGUGGCCCUAGACAGCCACCGCGGCCUCGGCGUCCCGUCCGUCGGCGCCGUGCGCGUGUCGUUUGGCCUCGCCUCAACGGCUGCCGAUGUCGACAGGUUCCUUGGUUUUGCCGAGAAGACGUACAAGGACCGCGUAACGAGCUCGUGCGGGCUUCCGCCCCGAACGGGGUGCUAG